AAUGCUCACCCAGAGAGAAAUCUUGAGGGUCCUUUCCGCUGCUGCAAAAAUAUAACGCAGGAUGAUAUCUCAAAAAACAAAACCCUGUCGAUAAUGCCGGAUCCUAUACACACCAGUUUCUUCAGAAGUUUUUUUUGAGUUCUCUCCGCUUAUAAUUGCUUCUUCUGCCUUCUAAAAUAGCUAAUUGGACCUGGGGUUCUCGCACUUUCCAGCACCUUCUAGUCAUGUGACCCUAGAAUGUCUCGCGCAAUAUAUAUUAUCUCACAGAUCCUCUUGAGUCCUGAAGAACGAUAUCUAGAAUCUGAGAAGUUCAGAACAAUUAUUUCAAAAAAUGUUGAGAUCCUCAAAUCUACAUAAAAAUUUAUCCAGACUCGCCCCCACGUUGUAUAGUCAGGUAUCCUCAAGUUCCCCCAGAAUCUACACUUUUGGAAAAACCUCGCUUAACAUAGCUAGCCCUGCGUUGUCCCUGGUGAGACUGUUUCAUCAAAGUGCACGCAAGCAUCUCCAAUUCCAGAAAAAGGAUGACGAUAACGUGCCAGCAUUAGAGAAGUACGGCUCAGACUUGACGCAAUUGGCAAAGGAUGGUAAACUUGACCCUGUUAUUGGACGAGAUGAGGAGAUUCGCAGAACGAUUCAAAUCUUGUCACGCCGGACAAAGAACAACCCUGUUCUCAUUGGAAGCGCAGGUACGGGAAAAACGGCAAUCAUGGAAGGUCUUGCCCAGCGGAUUUUGAAAGGCGAGGUACCUGAAUCCAUGAAGGAGAAGAAGAUCAUUACGUUGGAUUUAGCCGGAAUCAUCUCCGGUGCUAAGUUCCGCGGUGAUUUUGAGGAGAAACUCAAAAAGAUUCUUAGCGAAGUGGAGGAGAAGAAAGGCUCUGUUAUUCUUUUCGUGGAUGAGUUGCAUUUGCUCAUGGGACUUGGUAAAGCAGAGGGCUCUAUCGACGCAUCCAACUUGCUUAAACCAGCGUUGGCAAGGGGUAAACUCUCACUUUGUGGUGCUACGACAACUGAGGAAUACCGCAAAUAUGUGGAAAAGGAUGCUGCGUUAGCGAGAAGAUUCUCGCCCGUGUCUGUUCACGAGCCCACGGUACAGGAUACCAUCUCGAUUUUGAGAGGACUCAAGGAGAAAUACGAAGUUCACCAUGGAGUACGUGUGGCUGAUAGCGCUUUGGUCACUGCGGCACUCUAUUCCAAUCGGUAUAUAACUGAUCGCUUUUUGCCUGACAAAGCAAUUGACUUGGUUGACGAGGCAUGCUCGACUUUGCGGUUGCAGCAUGAGUCCAAACCCGAUGCAAUUGCCCAGUUGGACCGGCUGAUCAUGACGAUUCACAUUGAGUUGGAGUCCCUCAGAAAGGAAGAAGACAAGAUGUCUGAAGACCGUACGAAGAAGUUAGAAGAGGAACUCGCGGUGAAAGAAGCUGAAUUGAAAAUCUUGACCGAACAAUGGGAGGCGGAAAAGAAGGUUAUUGAUAAGAUCAAAGACGCGAAAAGCGACUUGGAGCAGGCUCGUUUUGAUUUGGACCACGCACAGAGAACUGGUAACUACGGCAAGGCUUCAGAAUUGCAGUAUUCUACGAUCCCGCUUCUCGAGAAACAAGUCAGGGAAUUUACCGAGACUGAAGACAACAUGAAAUCGUCGUCUCUCCUCCACGAUUCUGUGACAUCAGAUGACAUUGCGGGUGUGAUCUCAAAAAUGACAGGUAUUCCCCUUAACAACCUCAUGAAAGGAGAGAAGGACAAGUUAUUGGACAUGGAAAUUAUUUUGAAGCAGCAUGUGGUAGGUCAAGAUGAGGCUAUCCACGCUGUUUCAGAUGCUGUGCGUUUGCAAAGAGCCGGGCUCACGAGUGACAAGCGGCCCAUAGCAUCUUUCAUGUUUCUUGGGCCCACUGGAACAGGAAAAACCGAGCUUACCAAACAAUUGGCCGAGUUUUUGUUCAACGAUAAGUCGUCUGUAAUUCGGUUCGACAUGUCGGAGUUCCAAGAAAAACACUCCGUUUCGCGUAUGAUUGGAUCUCCUCCAGGCUAUGUUGGCUAUGAAGACAGUGGCGAAUUGACUGAAGCAGUGAGAAGGAAACCAUACGCUGUUAUUUUAUUCGAUGAGUUCGAGAAGGCGCACAAGGACGUUUCGAAACUUUUGUUGCAAGUUCUCGACGAGGGCUCUUUGACAGACUCUCAUGGAAAACACAUUGACUUUAGAAACACAAUCAUCGUUAUGACGUCAAAUAUUGGGCAAGAAAUUUUAUUGGCCGAUAAAGACGCUAAUGAUGAAGGCGCUAUCAAAGACUCCGUCAAGAAAGAAAUAACUGAGAAUUUGCGUCAUUACUAUCCGCCAGAGUUCUUGAAUCGUCUUGACGACGUCUUGGUGUUUAACAGGUUGUCUAAGUCUUCAUUGAGAAAUAUUCUCGAUAUCAGGUUGGAAGAAAUUCAAGAAAGACUCGGUGACAAGCGCAUCUCUUUAUCGCUCACAGAUGAAGUUAAGGCCUACUUGGCUGACAAAGGAUAUGAUCCCGUCUACGGUGCCAGGCCUCUCAACAGAACUUUGCAAAAAGAAGUAUUAAACCCACUCGCAAUGCUUUUGAUCAAGGGACAAGUUAGAGAAGGCGAACAUGUCAACAUAUCGUUGAAAGACAAAAAAGUCUUUAUCGCACCCAACCAUUCAGAGACUGAGGUUAUCCAUGAUGUUUAA